UUUCUCACUUGUCUCUUUCGAUCACUCUCUUUUUCUUAUUGCCUCCCUCCCUCUUUUAAUCACUCUUUUAAUCUAGCUAUCUCACUCCCAGCUAUUUCUGUUCAGCAAUGGCUGGAGGAUCACAAAAAAAGACCUGCCCAAACUGUGGGGAAAAAAUAUACUGCGGACUUAAAAUUUGUUCGUUUUGCAAACAUCCACAACCCCAACAUGUCAGACUUCAGAAAAAGAUGGAAAAAUUUAAAAGUCAGCAGAAGCAGUGGUUGGCAUCCAUGAAAAAAAAUAAAAUAAAGUCCCACGUUCUUGAUGAUGCUGCCAUUCUGCUUGAGAAGUUGUAUACCCUUGGCAUGAAGCCCCUGCUGCUGAUUGCACAUCCUCCUAAGAUGGUGACAGGGACUCACACGUACCAGACUAAAAUAAUGCUGCCAGUGCAUGCCCAACUUAGCACAUCCGCUAAGACAUGCUUAGAGAAUGUGAAUGCCAUCUACAAAUUGAUGGUUGAAGGUUGGACAAGACUCAACCCAGACCAACUGCCUCAAGAAGAAGAGGAGAACUUCAUUCUAAAUUUGGUGCCAUGUGAUCCACCCAUCCAGGAACCAGCACACCAGGCUCCACCCAUCCAGGAACCAGCACACCAGGCUCCACCCAUCCAAGAACCAGCACACCAGGCUCCACCCAUCCAGGAACCAGCACACCAGGCUCCACCCAUCCAAGAACCAGCACACCAGGCUCCACCCAUCCAGGAACCAGCACACCAGGCUCCACCCAUCCAAGAACCAGCACACCAGGCUCCACCCAUCCAAGAACCAGCACACCAGGCUCCACCCAUCCAGGAACCAGCACACCAGGCUCCACCCAUCCAGGAACCAGCACACCAGGCUCCACCCAUCCAAGAACCAGCACACCAGGCUCCACCCAUCCAGGAACCAGCACACCAGGCUCCACCCAUCCAAGAACCAGCACACCAGGCUCCACCCAUCCAAGAACCAGCACACCAGGCUCCACCCAUCCAGGAACCAGCACACCAGGCUCCACCCAUCCAGGAACCAGCACACCAGGCUCUUUCCAGCCACACACCACCACACACAGCUCCACCCAUCCAGGAACCAGCACACCAGGCUCCACCCAUCCAGGAACCAGCACACCAGGCUCCACCCAUCCAAGAACCAGCACACCAGGCUCCACCCAUCCAGGAACCAGCACACCAGGCUCCACCCAUCCAAGAACCAGCACACCAGGCUCCACCCAUCCAAGAACCAGCACACCAGGCUCCACCCAUCCAGGAACCAGCACACCAGGCUCCACCCAUCCAGGAACCAGCACACCAGGCUCCACCCAUCCAGGAACCAGCACACCAGGCUCCACCCAUCCAAGAACCAGCACACCAGGCUCCACCCAUCCAAGAACCAGCACACCAGGCUCCACCCAUCCAGGAACCAGCACACCAGGCUCCACCCAUCCAGGAACCAGCACACCAGGCUCCACCCAUCCAAGAACCAGCACACCAGGCUCCACCCAUCCAAGAACCAGCACACCAGGCUCCACCCAUCCAGGAACCAGCACACCAGGCUCCACCCAUCCAGGAACCAGCACACCAGGCUCUUUCCAGCCACACACCACCACACACAGUUCCACCCAACCAGGAACCAGCACACCAGGUCUCAGCUGUGCAGCCAACACUGCGGGGUCCACAGCAACGUAAAAGACUACAAAAAAUCAAAGAUUGUCCUCACAAUCGGCUUGAAAUGUUCCCAGUCCGUGAAAUAAUAAAGACAAGGAAAAGAAAGGGGAGGACAGAACAUCUUUAUGACUGGCAGCCCUGCACAAUGUGUGGAAAGAUCUGGCCUCCAUCCUGGCAGCCAGCCUGAUUCCCAUCCCGUGCAGCCUGCAAAUAUGCAACAUACAUUGCAAACAUAAUUUUUUUCCUUGGUCUUGUUAAGUGUUUUUUCUUUACAUAUUUUUUGUUGUCCACUUGUAUUGUUCCAUAACAUUGUCAUGUUACAUCAGUUAAGCAGUUUGUAAUGUAAUUUGAACUUUAAUAUUCUUCAUGUUUUGUCUUCAAGCUUGUUACAAUCUCUUUUAUGUGUAUGGAUUCAAUAAAGGGCAACAGUCAACAAAACUUAACAUUUCUUAAACUUGAAGGACCCCUAUAUGGAUUGUUUUGUGGCCAACAGACCAUGGAAAAGUUACAGUUGAUCAUAUUUUGACUCAGACAAGCUAAACUAACAACUUAGUAACAACUGAUCCUUUCACAACUGCCAUAAUGUUCAGUCCACUGAUGACACACACAGUUGGAGUGCUUUACUGGGGGACAUAGCUUAAUAUCAAAGAGGACACGGUUUAAUUUUAAGAUUUCAUAUUAAAUAACCUCCGCCACAAAUUAAACUAAAUGAGCAACUUCCCAUUUUAUUCACAGGCUUCGAAAUAGCAGUCUUUCAACCUCUUGUGCUAAAUUACAGUACCGUAAUUAACUAUGAAAACAUGCCAUAUCCUAAUUUGCAUAACAUACUGUUUUGACUAACCCUCUGUAGCAGUUACCUUGAAGCUGAUUGUGUAUUGACAAUGUAAAAUAGCUAUUUAAAGUUUUGAUGGGAAUGAAAAUGUACAUUUCACAAACUUCAAAUAUGGGAAUUGACAAUCUUUAAUAAAA